AUGACACCGAUCAUAUCCUUCCUUCAAGACGGACGCCUCCCACAGGACGUCGAGGAGGCCAGGAAGGUCAGGAAGAGAGCAGCCAGAUUCACGAUCCUAAAUGACACCCUAUAUAAGAGAGGCUUCUCCAUGCCUUACUUGAAAUGCGUCGACGAAGAAGAAGCCAAGUAUAUCUUGAAAGAGAUCCAUGAAGGGGUUUGUGGCGACCAUGCAGGCCCCAUAUCCUUGGUGGAUGCAAUGGAGCUUGUCAAGAGGUGUGACAAGUGCCAGAUACGAGAAACUGACGACAAUAGCCUCACCUUGGCCUUUUGCACAAUGGGGAAUCGACAUCAUUGGUCUGUUGCCCCAAGGUUCGGGUUCCCACGGACGAUCAUAUCAGACAAUGGGUGGCAGUUUGACAGCCAAAGCUUUAGGGACUUCUGUUCAAACAUAGGGAUCAAAAGCCAGUUCUCAUCCCCGAGACAUCCACAGGCAAAUGGGCAGAUAGAGGUGACUAACCGGAUGCUACUCAAGAUUAUUAAAGCCAAGUUAGACAACGUAAAGGGGGCCUGGCCAGAAGAAUUGCCCAAUGUUUUGUGGGCUUACAGGACCAUAGCAAGGACUCCAACAGAAGAAACCUCCUUCAGACUCACUUAUGGCACCAAGGCGGUAAUCCCAGUUAAGGUGGGAGUAACCAGUGUCAGGCGAGAAAUGUUUCGUGAGGAGAGCAACGACGAUUAG